GUGCCUCCGGACCCCCGGCCAGGCUGUCGCCGCCCGCUGGGGCCACCCAUGUGGCUGUGAGAGGACGGGGGUGGCCGGGCCCCCCAGGGCCCCCCCAGGGCCCCCCAACCCCGCAGCCAGCCCAGGCGCCAUGACCUGCCCGGUCGCUGAGGGACACCCGGCGCCCGGGGGCCACCAAGAGACCAAAGCCCACCCGGGCCCCAGGGCCCAGCACGGCCCCAAGGGCCCUCAAGGCUCUGAGGGCCACCAAGAGACCAAAGCCCACCCGGGCUCUGUGGCCACCAGGGCAUCCAUGGCCAGCUGGACCCCCGCGCUCAGCCAGGACCACCGAGAGACUAAGGCCCACCCGGGCUCCGUGCCCCACCCGGGCUCCCACGUGGAGACCGAGGUCCACCUGGGCUCUGUGGGCUACCAGGACCACCCCGAGCCCGGUGCUGGCGGUGGCUCUGCGGCGCUGUUGGACUCCAAGAUCUCCCAAGGCUCUGAGGAGCCCCUGGGGACUCGGGUCAGCCGGGUCCCUGCGACCCGCCUGGCGUCUGUGGCCAGCCAGGACCACCUGGAGAUGAAGGCGCGUCAGGAGCCCGUGGCCAGCCGAGCUUCUGUGGGCACCCAGGACCACCCCGAGCCCGACAUCGACGUCCCGCUGGACUCCAAGGUCAACCAGGGCUCCGUGGCUCGCGUAGACCCGAAAGACCACCAAGAACCCGCCCCCUCCCAGGCCUCUGAGGACCCCCAAGAGCCCAAGGUCACCCAGGGUCCCGUGGCCAGCCAAAAGACCAAGGUCAACCAAAGCCCCACGGCCCCUGUAGAGGCCAAGGUCAACGAAGACCCCGUGGUGUGUUUAGACUUGAGGGUCCACCAAGCCCCCGUGGCCGACCGAGCCCCCGAGGACCCCCGAGCCCCCAAGGCCAACCGAGACCCCCUGGACCACCAGGACAGCCAGGCUGACCAAGCCCCGGUGGCUCUUAGAGACCGGAAUGUCCACCGAGCCCCCGUGGGCGAGCACAGCCCCGCGGACGCCCAAAACACCGAGGCCGAGCCCGUCCCUCUGGAGCCGAGGGUCCCCCCGGGCACCACGGCCAGGGGAGGCUGCCCGGGGACCGAGUGCCACCAACCGCCCGUGCCCACCUGGGCCACCCCGGCCCCCCGCCCGGGCGCCCGCCUGGGCCUGGUGCUGCUGACGCUGGGCUCCCUCCUGCUGCCCGGCGCCCGGGGCUCGGCGCUGGAGUUCGGGGGCGCGCCGGGGCAGUGGGCGCGCUACGGGCGGUGGGCGCCGGGCGCGGGGGGCCAGCUCAGCUUCCGCCUCAAGACCAACGUGACGCGGGCGCUGCUGCUCUACCUGGACGACGGCGGCAACUGUGACUUCCUGGAGCUGCUGGUGGCCGAGGGGCGGCUGCGGCUGCGCUUCGCCAUCGCCUGCGCCGAGCCCGCCACGCUGGAGCCGCCGGCGUCGGUCAGCGACGGCCGCUGGCACGCGGUGCUGCUGACGCGGCAGGCGCGGCACGCGGCGCUGGCCGUGGACGGGGAGGCGCGGGCGGCCGCCGUGCGCUCCAAGCGCCCCGACAUGGCCGUGGCCAGCGACCUGUUCGUCGGGGGCAUCCCGCCCGACGUGCGGCUCUCGGCGCUGACGCUCAGCACCGUCAAGUACGAGCCGCCCUUCCGCGGGUGGGUGGCCGACCUGCGGGUGGGCGACGCGCCGGCCGCGCUGCUGGGCGCCCAGGGGGUCCGGGGUGACGGGGACGAGCGCUGCGCCCACCACCCGCCCUGCGCCCACGGCGGCCGCUGCACCCUGCGCCGUGGGGAGCCCCGCUGCGACUGCGCCGGCACCGGCCACCGCGGGCCCUUCUGCGAGGAAGGUGAGGGCGCAGCGGGGUCGGGAGGGGUGGGGUGGGCGCAGGAUCAGCUCGGGAGCCCCAUCUCCUUGUGGUUCUCCACGGCUUCGUGGCGCUCCUCGGUGUCAUGGUGGCCCGCCGAGGUCGCCGAGGGGGGGCCCGGCCGCGGCGCCGGCGAGAUCCAGCAAGCGGCCAAAGGCCGCGCCGAGUACGUGGCCACGUUCCGGGGCAGCGAGUUCUUCUGCUACGACGUGUCGCGGUCGCCGGUGCAGAGCAGCGCGGACGAGCUGGCGCUGGCGUUCCGCACGCGGCAGCGCCACGGGCUCCUGCUGCACACCGGCCGCGCCGCCGACUUCCUGAACCUGUCGCUCAAGGCCGGCGCCGUGUGGCUCGUCAUCAACCUGGGCGCCGGCGCCUUCGAGGCGCUGGUGGAGCCCGUCAACGGCAAGUUCCACGACGGCGGCUGGCACCACGUGCGCGUCACGCGCAACCUGCGGCAGGUGGUUUACAAGAACAACGACUUCAAGCUGGAGCUGUCGCGGCUGGCGCAGGAGGGCGACGCGCGGGUGACGCUGCACGGGGCGCUGCUCUUCCACUGCGACCCCCCCCCAGCGCUGGACCCCGUCACCUUCGCCACCCCCCAGGCUCACCUGGCGCUGCCCACCUGGCGCCCGGCCCGCGCCGGCUCCGUCUCCUUCGACUUCCGCACCACGGAGCCCAACGGGGUGCUGCUCUUCGGGCAGGGCCCCCCCCGCGACCCCCCGGCCGCGCCCCGCGGGCCACCCCCGCCGCCCCCCGACUUCCUGGCGCUGGAGCUGCUGGACGGGCACCUGUACCUGCUGCUGGGCAUGGGCGCGGCCGGGCUGCGGCUCCGCGCCAGCGCCCGCAAGGUCACGGACGGCGAGUGGUGCCACGUGGACGUGCAGCGCGAUGGGCGCAAAGCCGCGCCCCCCGAGCUGUGGGCGGCGGGGCUGCGCCUGGGCUUCGUGGGCUGCGUGCGGGACCUGUUCGUGGACGGGCGCAGCCGCGACGUGCGGGCGCUGCUGCCCGCCGGGGGCGCGGCCGGGGUCGCCCCGCUCUGCGCCCGGGACCCGCCGCGGCUCUGCGCCAGCGGCCCCUGCCGCAACGGCGGCGCCUGCCGCGAGGGCUGGAACCGCUUCGUGUGCGACUGCCGCGGCACCGGCUACCUGGGGCCGCGCUGCGAGACGGAGGCGGCGGUGCUGAGCUAUGACGGCAGCAUGUACCUGAAGGUGCAGGUGCCGGGCGAGCAGACGGAGGCCGAGGACGUGUCCCUGCGCUUCAUGUCCCCCCGCGCCUUCGGCCUCGUCCUGGCCACCACCUCGCGCCACUCGGCCGACACCCUGCGCCUCGAGCUGGACGGGGGGCGCAUGAAGCUCACCCUCAACCUGGGCAAGGGCCCCGAGACGCUGUUCGCGGGGCAGCGGCUGGAUGACAACGAGUGGCACUCGGUGCGGGUGGCCCGGCGCGGGCGCAGCCUCCAGCUCGCCGUCGACAACGUCACCGUCGAAGCCUUAGGCUCCGCCCCCAUGGCUCAAGCCACGCCCACAACGACCACACCCAACUGUGGCCCCACCUCCACCUUUGGCCACGCCCCCGGCCCAGUUACCCUCCCUGAAUUUGGGUACAUCCACUACGUGUUCGACCUGGGCGAGGGCCCCUCGCUCAUGAAGGGCAACUCGGAGCAGCCGCUGCACGACGGGCGCUGGCACGAGGUGGCCGUGGCACGGGAGGGGGGGGCCCUGCACGCGCUGCGCGUGGACGGGAGACCCGUGACCCAGCACGGGCAGGGCGCCCGCGGGCUGCAGCUCAAGGGUGAGCUGUACGUCGGGGGGGUCAGCCCGGGGCUCCUGGGCCGCCUCCCGCGCCUCGUGGCCUCCCGGGGGGGCUUCCGGGGCUGCCUGGCCUCGCUGGACCUCAACGGGCGCCUGCCCGACCUGCUGGGGGAC